AUGUGCGACCGAAAGGCGGUGAUCAAAAAUGCCGACAUGUCGGAGGAGAUGCAACAGGACUCCGUGGAAUGUGCUACCCAGGCAUUGGAGAAGUACAACAUAGAAAAGGACAUUGCGGCCCAUAUUAAGAAGGAGUUUGACAAGAAGUACAACCCCACCUGGCACUGCAUCGUGGGGAGGAACUUCGGUAGUUACGUGACACAUGAAACCAAACACUUCAUCUACUUCUACCUGGGCCAAGUGGCCAUUCUUCUGUUCAAAUCUGGUUAA